AAUUGUACAAGCAUUGUAUCAGGUUAUGGAGCCACAAGUUCUUUUACGCUGCCGUGAAGAUGAUUUAGAUUUAAUUAAAGAGGUACUACCCCAUGCAACUCAACAAUAUACCGAAAACAUCAAACAAGAUGUUAAUAUCACAGUGGCUACUGACAAUUAUUUGCCGGCAGAUACAUGUGGCGGUGUUGAAUUAAUUGCUUUAAAUGGUCGCGUCAAGGUACCUAAUACACUGGAGUCCAGACUGGACCUCAUUUCACAACAACUUGUGCCAGAAAUCCGUAAUGCAUUGUUUGGACGCAACACCAAUCGUAAAUUCACCGAUUAAAUAAUUAAUUUUCAAAAAAGCAUCCUAAAUAAAACAAUAAACUAAAUAAAAUUUUUCAAAAUUGGUAUAAUA